AUGGCGAACGAGCAAUACGUAUCCAAAAAGACCGUUGCUGCAUCCUAUCGACCACGCAGUUCUCUUAUGUCCCCCGGCCUCCAGCGCGCACGCGCACCUUUUCGCCUCCGAAACACUAUUACCGGUCUCAUACUCGCAGGCUUUGGCGUCGGUGUCUGGGCAUACUCUAUCAGCGCGGUGAAACAAGAUGACUUCUCCGACGUUGAUGAGGAGGCGCGGGCGCUGAUGCGUGCUGGGCCAAUCGUGGAGGAGGUCAAAAGUUUCCGUGAUGAACGAGGCAAAAGCUGUGGCGACACAGACUCCGAGCAGCCUACCGUGCCAUCAAUACACCGAGGUUUGCUUGUGCCCAUUCUUGAGAGGCAUUUCCCCCGAUUGUUGGACCCAUCACGGAAGACGCUCAUUUGGGGUGCGCCUUCGGUGGACAACAUUGGGAGGCUCCGCGAUUCGGUAUAA